AUUAGAUUACUGCAACAAGAAUGUAACCGAGCCAAUAAAAAAGUGUUUGCAGCCAGAAAAGCGGAUCGCCAGGUCUCAGGGAUUAAACAUCUGCCUUUCAGCUGCCAGUCGGUUACAAGUGACGAGAGUAGCGAGAACAUAAAAUCCCGAGAUGCUGGUCCAGGUGGCUCGACAUUGCCCGCAACACUUCCUGCUUUCGCUAUGGAGGCGGAAGAGCUUGCUCUUGGGAUUCGUGAUGGUCACAUCUGUCUUCAUCGUCUGCCUUCAGUUCGGCUCCAACGGCAGCAACGGACACCUCGUCAACAAUGGAGUGUCCGACGACAGGCGGCAGGAAUUUCCACUGGGCAUGUCAGGCGUCGGUGGGAGUCACAAAACCCUCAUUCCCAGGCGGAACUUGUCAGCGCUGAACCAGCGACAGGAUCAAAAUAUGUUUGGGGCCGGAGAAAUGAGACCGGGCAACUUGAUAGAGAUGAAUGGGAAGCCCCCGAGGUAUCAAUACCAGGCUGGUGGGGAUCCAAGGGCAAUAAAUUACGUCGGUGCCGAAAGCAAUCGGGUUCAAGACCAUAUGCAAAAUUUUGAUGGCGGUCGUGCAGUUCCUAAUCCUCCCGAGGACUGGCGAAAUACCCAAGGCAAAACAUGGCAGUACCAACAGAACUCGGCGAAUGCGAAUGGUGGCAAUACUUACUACGUGCCUGCACUUCGGGUGGUACACUUUGACCUGAAAGGGGCGCCUCUGAAAGUGAACUACUUAAGACAGGUCUUCCCAUUGUUGAAGGAGGCUGGAGCCAAUGCGAUUCUGAUCGAGUACGAAGACAUGUUCCCCUUCUCUGGACCGUUGGCGCCCGUCACCGCCAAGAAUGCUUACAGCAAAGAAGACGUGCAGACCAUCUUGAAUCUGGCCAAGACGCACCACUUUGAGGUUAUUCCUCUCAUUCAGACUUUUGGCCACUUGGAAUUUGUUCUGAAGCUGAAGGAAUUCAGAGAGCUCAGGGAGGUAGACGACUUUCCCCAGGCGAUAUGUCCGUCGAGGAAUGACUCUUUCAGUCUGAUCGAGAACAUAAUUGACCAAGUGAUGGCUCUUCAUCCGAACAUCAGGUGGCUGCAUGUUGGAUGUGAUGAAGUCUACCACCUCGGGUACUGUAGCAAAUGUAUGAGAUUGGAUCGAGAUAAUCUCUUCCUGGGACAUGUUGCUCGAGUUGCCCGCUAUGUUAGAGAUAAGCAUAAGGUGAUUCCCAUCAUUUGGGAUGAUAUGCUGCGUCAAAUGCCGACGGAAAAACUAAAGGAAUAUCAGCUGGGAACCUUAGUUGAGCCUAUGGUGUGGACUUAUGUCAAAGAUGUGUACCGAUUCGUGCCCUAUAAUGUGUGGAUGACCUAUAGUGAAAUUUUCCCAUUCGUUUGGGCCGCCAGUGCAUUUAAAGGAGCUUUCGGAGAAACCCUCACAGUUCCAAACGUCAAGAUGCAUUUGGAAAACAACGAAGCCUGGUUAGAGGUGAUGGCCGAACAGCAUAAAAAGUUCGGCAACUUCAGAGGAAUUGCGAUCACCGGGUGGCAACGAUACGAUCACUUGGCGACCUUGUGUGAACUGUUCCCGGCAGGAUUGCCAUCGUUAAUUUUGGAUAUCUUGACCAUUACUCAAGGCUACUUUAGCCAGCAGCUCUUCACAAAGUUCCAUCAUAUUCUGCAGUGUACUGUGCACCAGCGUGCUCAGGUUGAUUUUGAAACAGACCCCAAUCUUUGGUCUCGAGCUUCGUCUUGCUUCUUCCCCGGUUCUGCCGUCUUUCGCAUGACGCAACACCACAGCGAAGCUAUCAAACGGGUCGACGAUUACCUGUACGAUGUUACCAUACACAAGGCGUGGCUGACCGACUACAAUAUCCGUCACAAUAUCUCCAGCCCGAUGCGCGUCGACGAAGGCCUGGCAGACUAUUCGUCGGCUUACUAUCCCUUGACGUCACUGGUGCGGACAGCCAGAGAUGCUCUCAGGGAGGUGUAUGACGAGUAUACCGUUGCCGAAUGGAUUGAACAGAAUAUCUAUCCAUACAUUGUAAAAAUGGAGAAGUUGUGGAAGGAGGCCUCAAAUCUGAAAAGACCAAAAGUGUGGCCGAAAAGACCUUUACCACCACUUGAGCAGCUUAAAAAGUACUCAGUCGGCAUUCCCAGUGAGGAUGGAGAUGAUAGCGCAGCUGUACCUGUUGCAUAGAAACAAAAAUGCAGUACCUAGCUUUUUGUUGCUUGAUGGUUUAAAAUGCAUGAUUAUUAUUUUCGAAUAUACUUAUAAAUAGCACAGAUCAAUGAAAAUUUAGUUAAAAAAGAAACAAUAGAAUCGUACAUGUUUCAGCUGGAGGAAUAAUUAAACUAAACCCGGAAUUGAACCCCAAAAAGGUACAGUUGCAGAGUUUUACAACAUAUUUUGUUCAUCGUCUGACAUUUUCAUGCUGAGUAUAUGAUGAAAACUUCGUAUGAAGUUGUUCGUGCUGAAAGGGAAAAAACAGCGUUUUGGCUGUUUGUCUAUUUUAUAGUUCGAGUUUUAUCGAACGCUUUACUUAAGUUUGCACAUACGUCUACUAGAAAAGGACCAACAACACACUGUGGUCUGAGUUCCUCAUAAGUGAAUAACAAGACUGUAUGACCGAGAACUUGUAUUAUCAUUUACAGUUUCGAUUAGUGAGGCAACUCUGCAUUGUGAUCUCCUGACUCUCUUCCAUUGUUCUUAAUGGACUGCUUCAAUUUUCAGUGAACUUCUCCAUUUCAUUCAGGUGUAACAUGAACUCUGAACGUUCGGAGAAAUAGGAUAUCACUUGCUCAAAUGUCAUUUUUUCCUAGUUAAAUCCCAUUCAGUAAAAGCAUAGACACUGUAUAUUUCAUUCUUAGUUUCGUUUUGGAAAACAUUCACAAGAUAUCGACUAAAAUGACUUUUGAACUUUGUGAAAAGAUACUGUUCAAAGCUUUGAACUUUAAGUUGUGCUUCACAUUCUUUACUAAAUCAAUCAAGCUGAAAAAUUGUAUUUUUUACAAUUUAUUUAUGACUGCGAACGUAUAUAAGAUGUUAUAGUUCCAUUUAGAAAAAUGCUUUAAAUCAUGUGAAAGUAAAGGAUUAUAAUGUAUGCUGAAUCAAUGAAGAUAACUCACGAACUUAAAAAACCAAAAGAUUACAAACUUUAAGCAAAAAAAGUUCCACUCUUAAAGUGACCGAGGUGUGAAGUUCUAAAAAUCACUCCUUUUGCUAUUUGCGAACGAGCUCUUGUGCCAUAUGCAAACAAAUUCAUUCAGCAUAAUAUGAUAAUAAGUUUGAUAUAAUGUCUGUAAAUUACAUGCAAAUCAUAUUAUGAUAUAGAUGUAAUUUACAGACACUUAAUAUUGUUUUGUCUGCCAAACCUUUGUAUUUUAAAAGCUAUCUCAGUGAAUUUGUGUUAGCACAGUGAAAUUUUGACUAUGUUGGGAUUUCAAAAUUUAAAACGGAAGCAGGAGACCUGAAAUUUAAAUUUAGUUACUUAUAUUUAAGAAAAUGAUUUUAUUGAUUCAAGCGGCAUAAAAGAUGACUCCUUACAUGAUUUAAAAUAUUUUUCGGACUGUUACUUACAACUUGAAAGUUAAUUACCAGGUCACAAUAAGAGUAUAUUGAUUCAAAAGUUAACCUUAUCUCAUCUACCUAAAAAAAACAUUUUAUGAAAAUAUCUGAGUUUAUUUAUUAAAUUUCGUACUCGCUUAAUGAUACACUUUUCCCGUGGACUUCACCAUCAUAUGCAACUGAAUGGUGCUGUGUAUUCAGUACAAAUGUUUUGUAACACAUAAUUACCAUAUUUUGCUGUUUACUCUUACUUAUUUCCCUGUAUCUAUAUAUUCAACUAGUUUUUUUAACUUGAUUUCAAAGAACUAUCUACACAACAGAAGUGCUUAACUUUUGAAAAUUGUAGAAUAUUUUUUAUGAUUGCAAAUAGCGAUUACUUUGACUGAAAAUAAUAUAAAAAGACAUUUUCAAUAAUAUAGUAUAAAAUUCAAGAUGUUGGGAGACUGGUUAUUUUUAUAUUAGACCAGGUCCUCUGGGUAAAAACAGUGGCCCUAUCUACUAGACCACAUGAGACAAAGUAAUAAUAAUAAUUUAACCUGCUGAAAAUUCUAUGUUACAAUUUUUGGUAGUACCUUGAGAUUCAAUAUUUUUUCAGGAGUCGAAUUAAAUUCAGUUCCUUCAGUGAUUGCAGCAGGGAAACACAUUCUUUCAAUAUUUGGCCCGGUAAACAAGAUGUGUUUAAAAUCCUCUGAAAUAUUUACAUAAAUUCUUUUACCAUAUCUUUUAGCUAAUUAUGUUCCCAAAAAUUGAAUACAUUUGGUUACAUUUAGAGAAAAUUUUACUUGUGAUCAUAUAGAAACAAAUUUCUUUUAAGUAUAUUAAAAUUUCAAAUAAAAAUACUAUUACUACUCCACAUAUUUAAACAAUAAAGCAUUACUUUUUAUAAAUAUAAAACAUAAAUAUUAUAAAUAUUAAACUGACUAGGACCAGCCUAGCUGGGUCUAGAGCUUGUUGCUGGUCAUCUUAUUUGUAUAUUCAGUAAUAUCAUUAUUUGGCAGGGUUUUGCAAGCCAAGAGUUAAGCACUUCUACAAUUAAAAGAAAGAAAUAAUAAUCACUAGCAUUUUUGUAACAGAAAAUGUGCAUUUUAGAAUAGUUUUUCUGUGGCAUGUUAAAUUAAAUCUUGAAAAGAUAUUAACUCUAUAAGAUAAUCAUAGCUCCUAACUAUGACACAAUAUUUUACAUCUUGGUAAUUUAUGCAAAUUUUCUAGUCAACUGUACUCAAAAAAUUUAAAUGAUUAUUUUAUGCUACAUUCUUUAUGUAUGAAAUAAAGUAACAAAUUUCAACAGAUUGUAAUCGCUGAAAAAAAAUUCUUAUUAAAUUUGUUGCUUUGUUUAGUUAAAAUUAGAUAUAAUCACUAACAUUUGGCGCAUGAAUCAAAAUGAACAUUGUUUAUUUUCCAAAAAGUAGAUGCAGAAGAAAGUAGCCUGUUUCCACGAUAUAUAAAAGGUUGAAAAAAUAUAUUUCGUAAAUGGAUUCAGAUAGCAUUCUUUUAAUAAUGUUAGUUCUCUCUCUUGUAAUUUUUUUACAUAUUAUCUUGUGUUUAAAAACUAAAAAAGUUCAGUUUUUUUUUUUAACUUUCACUUUUUAAUUCAUCUCUUUAGUGAAGUUCAAUUUGACAUUUCUGGAAAGUAACCUCAUAAAUACGAUGGUCAACUAGCAAGUAGUGAUUCAACAAUUAUUUGUUCACCAACAUUAUGCCUUCAAGUGAAAUUUAUAGCAAUCAGAUUUUUUUUUUCUUUCUCAUUAACAUAUUAUGUUUGAUUGACUGAUAUGAGCAUUACCUACUAGAACAGGUACCAGCGAAUGUAAAAUGUGAACACAAUGAUAACAUUUUGUUAAUCCUAAAUUUUUAAGAUCAAUUUACAAAAAAAAAAAAAAAAUCAAUGGCUUCUCAAUGAGUAAAUGGUUGACAAUUAUAUGAAACUGAACUACAUUUUACAAAGCAGAUGAAUAUUAUACAAGUUUUUUUUUUUCCCCCCCACAAUUGAGAUUAUCAGGACUCUUUUUGUCAUUUUUAUUUGCACCAGCCAAAGAAUGUAUGUAUUACACAAUCAGUAUGUCUGUACUAAAUUUUUAAACUAACAAUAAAUUAAAUCAUACUGCAAUAAAAAAAGUUUGAAGAUUAAUGAUAAAAUCAAAAUAUGUAAAAAAAAUUGUCUAUUUAUUUCUUGAUGUUGUCUUGUAAUAACAAAACUUAGAUGACAUUAAAAUAACAUUUUUGAAAAGUUUACAUUGUAAAUUAUUUUAGCGUUGCAAAAUUUAAAAGUGAAAUAUUUUCAUUAAUUUUCCUGUUUCUUCGACAAAAAAAAGUUGAUUAUGAUUAUAUGUGUUCUGAUUACUUUUUUUGUU